AAUUGGCGGACUUUGGUUUAUCAAAAAAAAUUGCCGAAGCAACAAGCAAUUCAAAAGUAUUUGGUGUAAUACCUUAUAUAGACCCAAAAAGUUUCAACAUUAAGAGUAAUAAAUAUACAUUAAAUAAAAAGUCCGAUAUAUAUAGCAUUGGUGUUCUUAUGUGGGAGAUCUCAAGUGGAUAUCGACCGUUUUAUGGGGAAGAUUAUGACGUAAGUUUAGCCUUGGCUAUACUUGACGGAAGAAGAGAAAACGUUAUUGAUGGAACCCCUAGUGCGUAUAGUAGUUUAUAUAAAGAAUGUUGGAAAUGUGAACCAGAUGAACGUCCAAAUAUACAAAAAGUAGUUUUAACUCUUAAAUCAAUAAUUUCUCCCGAAAACAAUGAUAUAAUCAUGGAUAAUAACAAUGAAGAAAUAGACAACUGUGAAAUGGAUAAAUUAGCUUCAAAAUCAUAUGAGUCAAUGACGAAUUUUGAUGACUGUGCAUUAAAUGAUAUAUCAAGUCUUAUUGAUGUAUCUAUAGGUAGCAUAAGUUCACAAAGUAUUAUACCUAAUAUAGUUCGAGUUGAUGAUAAAGCAUAUUCUGCCAAAUUUUCUUUAGAAACUAUAAUUAAUUUAGGAGAAUCUGUCGAACCUUAUCUUCCUUUAAUAAUAGCAGCAACUUC